UAUACUACACAAACACAGGCUCUUCUUUCCUAUCAGAUAUACCUAAAAAAUAUUAAUUUCUCCUACUUUUUGAUUCAUCUAUUUUGAUUCUUUUCCCACUCUUUUCUUAACAUAAGCCACUAAUCCUGCAAAUCAAAACUCCUCUGUUCCCCACUAUCUCUCUCUUUAUUUCUUUCCCUUCACAAAGCCUAAAUCUUCAGACCAGUUCAGCUCAAUCCUAUGCAUGCAUGAAACAACAGUUUCAAUAAGACAAAACAAUGGCAACAACUCGCAAACUGGUAGUAGAAAUAGUAGACGCCAAAGACCUCACACCCAAAGACGGCCAGGGAACGUCAAGUCCUUACGUUGUCGUCGACUACUACGGCCAGAGACGACGCACACGGACCAUAGUCCGUGACUUAAACCCUGUCUGGAACGAGUCUCUCGAGUUCAGUCUCGCGAAAAAACCUUCUCAUCCGGUCUUUAACGAUGUUCUUGAGAUCGACAUGUUCCACGACAAGAACUUUGGACCCACCCGGAGGAACAACUUCCUCGGUAGGAUCCGACUCGGGUCGGAUCAGUUCGUUGCGAAAGGUGAAGAGGCGUUGAUAUACUUUCCUUUGGAGAAGAAGAGUUUGUUUAAUCUUGUCCAAGGUGAGAUUGGGAUUCGCAUCUAUUACGCUGAAGAGGCGGCUCCUCCUGCUUCUAAACCGGCUGUAGCUCCUCUUGAACCGGUGGUGGAGGAGAAGGAAGAGGAGGUUAAGACGGAAGGUCCAGACGAGUCUAAGCCACCACUAGAGACAAGUGCUGUCCCUGCUGAAGUGAAAGAAACCGCCGAACCGCCACCACCGCCGGAGAACUCGCCAGCUGAGGCUCCCAAGCCUAACGAAGAAGCCUCACCGGCGUCGACGGAAAAUGCUACGGUUGCUGGAGAAGAACCACCGGUGCCUGAACCAAAUCUGCCACCUGAGCCCAUGGCAGACCCAAAAUUACCGGCGGAAGAGCCACCACAGAAUCAACCGGAAAGUGACGACAUUCUGCUCGAAACAACCGACGCGGAGAGCUGGGUUUCGGCGCCGCGAUCACCGUUACCGGGAGUUACAAUUUCAAGAUCCAUCUCCGGUUCAAUACCCAAAACCAAAACCGGAGGACCGCAACCACUUCCGAGAAGCUUAUCAGAAACCGCGAGUUACACCUCAGAGAUCUCCGACGUGUCAACCAUCGAACGGUCCACGUUUGAUCUAGUGGAGAAAAUGCAUUACGUCUUCGUCCGCGUCGUGAAAGCUCGAUCGCUACCAACCUCGGGAACUCCAAUCACAAAGAUCUCGCUCUCCGGCACAACCAUCGAAUCAAAACCGGCGAGAAAAACCUCCACCUUCGAGUGGGACCAAACCUUCGCCUUCCUCCGCGACUCGCCGGAUACAUCUUCCUCUCCGAUUCUCGAGAUCUCCGUGUGGGAGGGAAGUGGCGGUACACACUUCCUCGGCGGAAUCUGCUUCGACGUGUCGGAGAUUCCGCUCCGAGACCCGCCGGAUAGUCCGUUAGCGCCGCAGUGGUACCGUCUCGAAGGAGGUGGAGCUCACCACGGAGAUCUGAUGCUCGCCACGUGGACGGGAACUCAAGCUGACGAAUCAUUUCCCGACGCGUGGAAGACUGAUACCGCGGGUAACGUGACGGCACGUGCGAAAGUUUACAUGUCGCCGAAGCUGUGGUAUCUUCGCGCCACUGUGAUGGACGCUCAAGAUCUGUUACCGCCUCAGUUAACGGUGUUUAAAGAAGCGUCGUUUCAACUGAAAGCUCAGUUAGGUUUUCAAGUGCAGAAAACCAAACCAGCCGUCACUCGUAACGGAGCGCCGUCAUGGAACGAAGAUCUACUCUUUGUGGCCGCGGAGCCUUUCGCCGAUCAGCUGGUUUUCACCUUGGAGUAUCGGACAUCGAAAGGACCUGUCACCGUGGGGAUGGCACGCGUGCCGCUCACCGCGAUCGAGAGGCGCGUCGACGAGCGUUUGGUUGCGUCAAGAUGGUUUAGUUUCGAUGAUCCGAACGACGAGAAGAGAGGAAACAGAUCUAGAGUGCACCUGAGGCUCUGCUUCGACGGCGGAUAUCACGUGAUGGACGAGGCGGCGCACGUGUGUAGCGAUUACCGGCCAACGGCGAGGCAGCUUUGGAAACCGGCGGUUGGGAUCGUUGAGCUUGGUGUGAUCGGUUGCAAGAAUCUGCUGCCGAUGAAAACGGUUAACGGAAAAGGAUCGACGGACGCGUACACGGUGGCGAAAUACGGUUCCAAAUGGGUCCGGACCCGAACCGUAUCGGAUUCACUAGAUCCGAAAUGGAACGAGCAGUACACGUGGAAAGUAUACGAUCCGUGUACGGUUCUAACAAUAGGAGUCUUCGAUAGCUGGGGAGUAUACGAGAUCGACGGCGGCAAAGAAUCCACGCGUCAAGAUCUUCGUAUAGGAAAAGUUCGGAUACGUAUAUCUACCUUGGAGACGGGUAAAGCGUAUAGAAAUACGUAUCCCUUGCUGAUGUUAGUUAACGGAGGCGUUAAAAAACUAGGGGAGAUAGAACUGGCCGUUAGAUUCGUGAGAUCAGCUCCACCGCUGGAUUUCUUACACGUGUACACCCAACCAUUGUUGCCUUUGAUGCACCACAUCAAACCGUUGACUCUGUUUCAGGAAGACAUGCUGAGGAACACCGCCGUGAAGAUACUGGCCGUACACUUGUCACGAUCUGAGCCGCCUCUAAGGCCUGAGAUUGUGCGGUACAUGCUCGACGCCGAUUCACACACGUUCAGCAUGCGUAAAGUCCGAGCAAACUGGCUCCGCAUUGUCAACGUCGUCGCCGGAAUGAUCGACGUGGUGCGGUGGGUGGACGACACGCGUUUCUGGAGGAAUCCGACAGCGACUCUCCUCGUUCACGCGCUUGUCGUGAUGCUGAUUUGGUUCCCGGAUCUCAUCGUUCCGACAAUAGCUUUUUACUUGUUCGUAAUCGGUGCGUGGAACUACAGGUUCAGGUCACGCGCUGCUCUCCCUCACUUCGAUCCGAGACUCUCCCUAGCUGAUGCAGCCGACAGAGAGGAGCUGGAUGAAGAGUUCGACGUCGUCCCGAGUAACCGGCCGCCGGAGAUGGUCCGGUCAAGGUACGAUAAGCUGCGAGCAGUCGGAGCUAGAGUUCAGACGAUUCUUGGUGAGGUGGCAGCGCAGGGGGAGAAGAUGCAAGCUUUGGUGACGUGGAGGGAUCCAAGAGCGACGGGUAUAUUCGUGGGGCUGUGUUUGGUGGUGGCGUUGGUGCUGUAUCUGGUACCGACGAAGAUGGUGGCGAUGGCGUCGGGGUUUUAUUACUUCCGGCAUCCGAUAUUCCGUGAUAGGAAACCUUCUCCGAUGAUAAACUUUUUCCGGCGAUUGCCUUCGUUAUCUGAUCGGCUCAUGUGAUCGAUUAAACGCGCGAGAUCUUCAGUAAAAUAUGUUUUUGAAUCAUUUUAAUAAUAGAGUGGGUAUUUUUGUGGCGCAGAUUGUAUAUAGUUUGGGUUAUUUAAGCUUAUUGGGCCUUGUUGUGGAAUUAUAGGCCCAGAAGUUGAAUUAUAUUAGUUCCUACAGUUGCUUAUAAAUCAAACAUGCGUUUACAAAA